GGCGCGCAGUGUGUGACACUAGAAAGGGUUUUAGAGUGGCUCUUGGUUUCCCUCUUUGGCCUCAUCCAAAAUCCCUAAAACCCCAACACUCACACUCACUCACUCACUCACACUCAUUUCCAAAUGGUUGCAUUUGCAGCCCUAUGAAACCCUCUCCGCUCCGAACCCCCAACCUUCUCCGCACCCCCUUCCCUUCCUCCAUGGCGCUCUCCUCCGCGCUCCGCGUCCUCCGCCUCUCCUCCGCCUCCUCCUCCUUCCUCCAGCCCUCGCGCCUCCGCCGCGGCCCGGCGGAGCUCCGCUUCCUCUCCCUGCGCGCGUCGCGCCGUCCGGCCUCCGCGGUCCAGGCCGCCAAGCGCCGGGACGGAGAAGGGAACGGAAGCGUGGCCACCGCUGCGGAUAACGGUAACGGUAACGGUAACGGAAGUGAGGGGAGGGUGGUGACGAAGGAGCUUCACAAAGAGGCCACGGAGGCUUACAUGGCGUAUGCGAUGUCGGUGCUGCUCGGUCGCGCGUUGCCCGAUGUUCGUGACGGCUUGAAGCCUGUGCACAGAAGGAUUCUAUUUGCAAUGCACGAGCUUGGUCUCUCUUCCAAAAAACCAUUCAAGAAGUGUGCGAGAGUUGUUGGAGAGGUAUUAGGAAAAUUCCACCCUCAUGGAGAUACAGCUGUAUAUGAUUCCUUAGUGCGAAUGGCCCAGGAUUUUUCCUUACGCAGCCCUUUGAUCCAAGGUCAUGGAAAUUUUGGGUCAAUUGAUGCUGACCCUCCUGCUGCCAUGCGUUACACAGAGUGCAGACUGGAUGAUCUGACCGAAGCAGUGUUAUUGGCAGAUCUAGAGCAAGAUACGGUUGAUUUUGUUCCAAAUUUUGAUAAUUCACAAAAGGAACCAUCACUUCUACCAGCUCGCCUUCCAACCUUAUUGUUGAAUGGUUCUUCUGGCAUUGCGGUUGGCAUGGCAACUAAUAUCCCUCCGCAUAAUCUUGGGGAAGUCGUAGAUGUGCUGUGUGUGUUGAUAAAUAAUCCAGAAGCGACUUUGCAAGAAUUGCUUGAAUACAUGCCUGGACCCGACUUUCCAACAGGAGGGCUGAUUAUGGGAAAUCUUGGGAUCUUAGAGGCAUACCGUACUGGUCGAGGACGUGUUAUUAUCAGAGGGAAAACUGAUAUUGAAUUGCUUGAUUCUAAAACAAAACGGACUGCAAUAAUAAUAAAAGAGAUUCCUUACCAGACAAACAAAGCAUCUUUAGUUGAGAAGAUUGCUGAACUUGUAGAAAACAAGAGUUUAGAUGGGAUAAGUGAUAUUCGGGAUGAGAGUGAUCGUUCUGGAAUGCGUAUUGUCAUUGAGCUGAAGCGAGGAUCAGAUCCAUUGAUUGUUUUGAAUAAUCUUUAUCGCCUAACAUCUCUGCAGUCUACAUUUAGCUGUAACAUGGUGGGCAUUCUUAAUGGACAACCUAAACAAAUGGGGCUGAAGGAAUUACUGGAGGCAUUCUUAGACUUCAGAUGCUCUGUUGUUGAGAGACGUGCAAGGUUUAAGUUAUCACAAGCACAAGAGAGAAGGCAUAUUGUUGAGGGUAUUCUAGUUGGGUUUGAUAAUCUUGAUGGAGUGAUACACAUAAUACGUGAAGCUUCAAGUAACUCAGCUGCAGCUGCUGGUUUACGUAAUGCAUUCAAUCUCUCUGAGAAACAAGCUGAAGCCCUUUUGGACAUUAGCCUAAGAAGACUGUCCCUUCGUGAGAGUGGAAACUUUAUGGCUGAAAGUAAAUCUUUGAUGGAACAAAUUUCCAAGUUAGAGGAGCUUUUGUCCAGCAGGAAAAAUAUACUGGAGCUUAUAGAACAAGAGGCGAUUGAACUGAAAAAUAAGUUUGCCAAUCCAAGACGUUCACUGUUGGAAGACACAGAUAAUGGUCAACUUGAAGAUAUUGAUAUUAUUCCAAAUGAAGAUAUGAUAUUGGCUGUUAGUGAAAAAGGUUAUUUGAAACGGAUGAAGCCAAGCACUUUUAACCUACAAAAUCGUGGAACAAUCGGAAAAUCUGUAGGAAAGCUAAGAGUGAAUGAUACGAUGUCUGAUUUUCUUGUUUGUCGUGCACAUGAUCAUGUCCUAUAUUUCAGUGAUAAGGGAAUAGUAUACUCAGCACGUGCCUACAAAAUUCCUGAAUGUAGCCGGACUGCUGCUGGCACACCACUUGUUCAUAUCUUAUCUUUAUCUGAUGGCGAAAGAAUAACAUCUAUUAUUCCUGUGAGUGAGUUUGCUGAGGAUCAGUUUCUGGUGAUGCUUACAAUGCAAGGCUAUAUCAAGAGAGUAUCCUUGAAUUUGUUUUCAUCAAUCAGGUCAACCGGAAUCAUUGCUAUUCAGUUGGUUCCUGGAGAUGAGCUGAAAUGGGUCCGUCUUUGUACAAAUGACGACUUUGUGGCCAUGGCUUCACACAAUGGAAUGGUCAUGCUGAGCCAAUGCAGCAAGAUUCGCACACUAAGUAGAAAUACACGGGGGGCACUUGCAAUGAGGCUCAGAGAAGGGGAUAGGAUGGCAAGUGUGGACAUUAUUCCUGAAGCCAUGUGGAACAACUUGGAAACCCCGUCAAAAUUUCAUGGGAGCAAUGCAAAUGGCCCAUGGUUGUUGUUCGUGUCUGAGAAUGGUUUUGGAAAGCGAGUUCCUUUAAGAAGUUUCAAGAUAUCAUCUUUGAAUCGAGUUGGUUUAAUAGGAUACAAGUUUUCUGCUGAGGAUCGCCUGGCUGCUGUUUUUGUGGUAGGAUUCUCAUUAGCAGAGGAUGGUGAAAGUGAUGAACAAGUGGUUCUUGUCAGUCAAAGUGGCACAGUCAACAGAAUUAAGGUUCGGGAUAUUUCAAUACAAUCUCGAUUUGCAAGGGGAGUUAUCUUGAUGCGGCUUGAUCAUGCUGGGAAGAUUCAGUCUGCUUCAUUGAUCUCAGCAUCGGAAUGUGCUCCUGAGGAGGAAGUUCUUGCUAUUGGUCAAGGCUAGAAGAGGUUAUUUGAUCAACUGCUUGACAAUCUGAGUUAUGGUUUAUCCCUUGAUGAAAUGCUGCUGCUUGAUCCUUGAAUCUGUGCUUGGUGAUGAUUCCUAGUUUUCCUCGUUCUCCGUUAAUAUUUUGUAUUUUGGGAGGAGGGCGAAUUACCUAAAGUCUGUAAUUUAAUUUUUGACGGCAUGUAAAUUAUGUGACUGAACGAGUGAAUAACAUACACCCGAGAGAUAGUUAAUGUGGUGCAAAAUUUUAAACAACUCUACAUUUUGUAACAGUAACAUUAUAGAAAAGCUAACCAUUAUGAAGGUAUGAGUUACACCUCUGCUUGAGAA